AUGCCGACCCUCCUCGAGGUCCUGACCCGGCGAAAUGUCGCAGUCAACUCUCAGUCCGUUGUUCCGGGCAGCAAUACCACCACCGAAACCCACCUUGAACCGGACGGUUGGUCACCGUGGCCCGAUUUCAACUAUGAUACUCUGACUCGAAUUUUCUGGAGGCAGCUUGCCUCGGAGUAUCAAGGCUCGCCGGAACAACGGCCCCUGGAGCUGGACUUGUUCAUCAAUAACGAAGAGACUCUAGAAGACGUCUUGCGGAGAUUCUUGAGCUCGAUCGUCAACUACGCGCUGGAUGGCCAAGAGGGACAACCCCAUCUCGGACGGGGAAGUCGGUGCGGAAGUGAGGACAAGCCUGACUGGUCGGCGGUCUCGGGUCAAUGCAUCGACGAAUACGGACGGUACGCCAACAUCCUCCCGGGAGACACUAAGCUCGACGCGAAGUGGUGGCCCACGAUGUCAGAAGAGGCUGAGGAUUUUAACGAGUGGCAAAAGGUCGUGGCCCAAGUGCAGACCUACAUGGCUAGACAUCAAACCAGAUACGGCUUCAUUAUCACCGACGCCAAUCUUGUCGCCCUGAGGCUCACUCGCGAGCCUAUCAGCACUGGCCUGGCCCAGGAGCGUCCGCGACGGGAGGCCGCUGCUCUUGCUGGCCAUCAGAGGCAUAGUUCAGAUGUUACUAUGGCGUCGGGCGACGGUUCGAGUUCGUUAUACAGCGACAACAACCCCUUGGAGUGGAGCUACUAUAAUCCUGAAUACGCCGUCAUUGCCUGGGACGCGCAUGGGAAUGGACGCCUCACUAUCAAGCUGGCUCUUUGGUGCUUGGCCAUGAUGGCUGCAAAUGGCGACAGAUGGAUCGAUUAUUCAUAUCCCCAGUUGGAUAGCUGGCGCAGCGCGGACAAGGGAUACGCCCACAGCACUUCUGGUACUACCAAAGCGAGGCUGUCUAGAGGUGACGUCUACCUAGAACCUGAUCCUGACAGGGCCAGGAGAGAAGAGGCGACUCGUGAAGCGGCGCACGAGUCCAGCCAGGUACCUCGAGAUGAGCACUACGACUCCGCACAAAGUCAGGACGUCGACGACGCCCCGCAAUUUAGUCAGGCUGGUAGCACAUUCGGUGAUGUUCCUGGUCAAGUUGGGUCUUCCCGCCGGCGGCAUAGACGCAAACAUGUCAAGAUUCAUCGCCACAAGAAGGGCCGGGGGCUUUACUUUGUGAACGCCCAUGGAUCUAAGAUCGACACAACCAAGAAAGAGUGGAAGAAUGUCGAAGACGGAUACGAGUUCGAGGGCCGGAAGAACGUCUACUACACCAGGGAGUUUCCACAUUAG